AUGACAACAGAUCCGUCAAAUCCGAGUCCACUUCUCAAUGCAAGAAUAUGGUCACGUCUUUUUUUCAAUUGGUUAUCUCCGCUUCUAAAGCAAGGUAGACUUAGUCAAGAUGAUCUCUAUGAACUUCCUAAUAAAUACAACUCGUUGAAACUCACUGAAGAACUCGAAGGAAACUGGCUUGAUGAAGUCAAAGAUCCAGCACGCAGUCCGAGUCUUCUUCGAGCAACCGUACGAACCAUACGACGGAGAGUAUUACUUAUCAGUUUACUGAUGAUUCCACAGACUUUAGUAACUAUUGGUCAACCAUUAAUAAUCGUGUUGUUAAUGGAUUUCCUCGAUCCAUGUACGACAAUGAGUGCAUCUACUGCUUGGAUUCUAGUCAUUGUAAGUAUUUUGGUUAUUUGGAUUCCAUGUGUUUUCUACCAUCAACAUUCUGCUAGAGUGAGAUGUUUCUGUAUGCAAAUGCGUACUGCUUUCGAUGAUCUGAUUUUUCGUAAGAUGCUUCGAUUAUCGAAUGAUUCAAUGAAUAGAAUCGGUGUUGAUGGUAUCGAUAGUUUGGUAGCAAAUGAUGCUCCUCAGAUUGAGUCAGCGUUAAUCUAUCUCGACUAUCUAUGGGUACGUGAUCGUGGCCCAUUCGAAAUUAUACUUAUCAUCGGAUUUUUCUCAUACUUUGUUAAAUAUAUUUCAUUGAUUGCAUUGGGUUACACGAUUAUUGUUUUACUACUUCAAUUAUUGAUCAGUCGGAUCCUGAUUAGACUCAAAAGUAAACUUUUUCAAAUCACGAACGAACGCGUGAAGAUACUAUCGGAAAUUGUCAAAUCAAUUCGAGUUGUUAAAAUGUAUUGUUGGGAAUCAGCUUUUAUACAAAAAGUUCUUUCAUUAAGAAAGAAUGAAUUAAUUCGUUAUGUGCAUUGUGCUGCAAUGAAUUCUAUCAUACAGACAUUAAAGUACACGUACACUUCUGUAACAUUUCUCUUAAUGUACUUAACCAUGUGGUUUCUUGAUAUGUCGUUGGAUACUCGUGUUUUUGCACUUUACUCUUGUUUGAUUGGUUAUCUACAGUAUAGUGUGAUGGAUUUUUUGCUUCAAGCAAUCAGAAAUCUUAUUGAGUACUUGGCUGCUCAAAAGCGAAUCCAAGCAUUUUUAUUGCUUGCGGAAUGUAAACGUGAUGAACGAUCAUUGUCUCAACCUGUAUUAACAAAAGCGAAAGAUCAGCAGGAGAAUGUAUCCAAAGAUGAUCCAAGUAAACUGUUGAAAAUCAGCUGUAGUUUGAAAUCAGCCAAAUGGGACGAAAAUUCAACAUUUGCAUUGAAAAACAUCGUAUUUGAAGCUCAUUCGGGAGAUUUGAUUUGUAUAAUUGGACCUAGUGGAUCGGGCAAAUCUUCUCUUUUACGUGCUAUUUCUGGUGAAAUAACUCAUUUCAGCGGUAAAAUUCGAAUGUGCGGCACGUGCUGCUAUUUACCACAGGAUUCUUGGAUAUUUUCUGCUAAUAUUCAUGAAAACAUUCGUUUUGGUCAAGAGUAUGAUUAUCUACUAUUCAAACGUAUCAUUCAUGCAGUAGCUCUCGAUACGGAUUUAAGUCAACUACCGCAUGAAGCUGAGACAAUAGUAGGGGAUCAAGGUGUGAUGUUAUCUGAAAGCCAAAAAGCGCGUGUAAAUUUAGCUCGUGCACUGUAUCGGGAUGCAGAUAUUUAUCUAUUGGAUGAUCCGAUUUCACGUGUCGAUACUAAACUAUCAAAAUGUCUCUUCGAAAGAUCAGUCAAAGGCUUCUUACGUGAUAAAAUAUGUAUUCUUGUAACACAUCAAGUACAAGUUCUCAAACACGCGAGGCAAAUUAUAGAACUUAGUAAAGGAGAGAUAGUACGUAUAGGAACAUUUGGCGAGUUACUUGCUGGUUCAUCUUCAUUCUGUCGACAACUUGAGAAUACUAUUGAAGAAGAAAAGAGACAUCGACAGUUAUUUGGAUUAGACAAACGAUUUUCCAUAGGUGAUAUUUCACUUGCCGAUUUGAAAGCAGAUGAGCAAUCUUCGAUAUUAUCAACGUCCUCUCUUCGACUGCCAUCAGAAACUACAGAACAAAAGUCUGAACGAAUAAACAGAUGGCAUGUUUACGUUGAAUUUGUUAGAGCCGGUGUUGGUCUUAUUCUGGGUUUCCUUCUAUUUCUGUCGACGUACUGCUUACGGGAAGGAAUUUUUGUUUAUAAUAAUUGGUGGUUAGCAAAAUGGACCGAUGAUGAAAACUAUCGAUAUCGUGUCGACAUUAAUUGCACUAGCACAGCAGAUGAACAAAUUCUUCGAAUAAAAUCAAUGACCAAUUCCGAAUGGAAAGAUCAGCGAAACUACAGAUUUCAUAUCUAUACAGCUCUUGUUUGUGCUCUAUUUCUGGUGACAUUGUGCCGAACGAUAGCUACACAAUUGAUAUGUUUGAACGCAAGUCGAGUUCUCCAUAAUCGAAUGCUUCGAUGCAUAAUCUAUUGUCCUAUGAAAAUCUUUGACACACAUCCACUAGAUCGGAUUCUAAAUUGUUUCACAAAAGAUAUAACAUUAAUUGAUGUCGUUCUUCCAGAUAUCAUUCAUGAAUUUCUUCAUUUUGCAUUCUAUGUGUUGGGAACACUUGCACUUGUGGGUUGGAUCAAUCUUUGGUCAUUGAUUGCAGUAGGCCUAGCUAUGACAGCCAUGUUCUUUAUUCGACGUCGAAUUGCACGUUGUUUACGUGACUUACGAUGUAUCGAAGAUACGACACGUGGUGCAAUACACUCGUACUUAACGUCAAGUGGUCACGGAAUCAAAACAAUUCGAUCUUUUCGUGUCGAAGAUAUGUGUUCAAAUCUGUUUCGUCAACGCCUUGAGAUGGACAACCGAGCAAAUCAUCUAAUUAUAAAUAUUAACCGCUGGGCUGGUCUUCGUUUGGACUGGAUUGCUUGUAGCUUUUUUACAUUAAUUAUUCUUUCUGCUAUGACUGUUCGCGUUGUAGGAAGUCGACUUUCAGCUGCAGAGAUUGCUCUCACUUUUUCCUGUGCUUUCAAUUUAGUUAGUCUUCUUCAAUGGGCUAUCAGAUCAUCUGUUGAUUGCCAGACGCAAAUGGUUGCAGUCGAACGCAUAUUAGAUUAUUGUUCAUUAGAACGAGAGUCACCAAAUGAAGUGCCACAUGACCGUUGUCCACCAAAAGAUUGUGCAGACAGCGGUGAAAUUAUUUUUGAUAAUGUUUCAAUAUCUCAUCCAACGAGUGUCAACGCACCGUUGGUUCUUAAAAAUAUCACAUUAAAAAUCGAGGGAGGCGAGAAAAUUGGAAUUGUUGGUCGCACUGGAGCUGGAAAGUCAUCUUUAGUCGAAGCAUUAUUUCAUUUGCGCGAGUCAAUCAGUGGUCACAUUAAGAUUGAUGACAUAGACAUCGAUACGAUUAGUUUAAUUGAUGUUCGUCGUCGUUUAGCAUUCAUUCCACAAGAUCCUGUACUGUUUGCCGGAACAAUAAGAAGUAAUCUCGAUCGUUUCGAUGAAUAUUCCGAUGGGGAAAUAUGGCAUGCAUUAGAAGAGGUUAGACUGAAAAAUUUAGUAGCAGAAAGCAUGCCAUUAGGCCUUCAAUCAGAAGUGAGUAAAAUUGGUUCGAGGUUGAAUGUUAGUCAAAAACAACUGAUAUAUCUUGCGAGAGCGAUUCUGAAAAAGAAUAAAAUACUCGUUAUGGAUGAAGCAAUUGACAUGAUCGAUAACGAGACAGACAAAAUUAUUCAACAAAUCAUUCAUGAGAAAUUUAAAAAUUGUACUGUGCUAACUAUUGCUCAUCGUUUACAAACUGUUAUUGGUUACGAUCGAGUAAUGGUGCUUAAUCACGGCGAAUUACUUGAAAUCGAUGCUCCAAGCAUCCUACUGAACAAUCCGCAUUCACAUUUGUCGUCAUUGGUUAAUCAGUUAGGUGAAUUGAAAGGUGGAGUGGAGUGCUGCCAAACAGUUUUCCAACUAAAAUUUUUAACGAAUUUAGGUGAUAUGUCGAAAAAGUUUUCAUUGUCGCUGGUUACUUUACCCGUUGAAUUAGCCUACCGCAUUUUGGACCAUCUCGAUAAUUUUUCAAUACUUGUAUCGGCACGUAAUAUCUGUACAAGAUUGAAUACAAUUAUUGAUAGUUAUUAUCCGUACCAAACGUUUACUGAGUUGGACCUGAAAUGGCAAAGUUUGAAACAAAAACUAUUUGAAAGCCUACUGCGUUCGUUACAAACCAACACCACAAUCACAACGUUCGAGCUCGGUGGCCAUCUACUUAAUAAUACAAUCAUUCAGGAGCUGGGUUACGUAUUACAGAGAAAUCAGUGUUUUAUACUUAUUCAAAAGGGGCUAACAAAACUAACUAUAUGUGGUGGAAAUCGAAUCGGUGCCGAAGCACUGCGAUAUCUAGCUGUUGGAUUAAGCACUAACCGAACAUUGACAGAAUUAAAUCUUGGAGAGAGCCAAUUUGGCAGCGCCGGUGUAAGUCAUCUUGCAAAUGCCUUGGAAAAAAACACAAAACUCUCAAUACUAUGCCUUGCGUGGACGAAUAUCGGUGUCGAAGGAGCACGCUCUCUAUCGAAUCUUUUACGAAACAGUACUACGCUAACAACAUUAUUUAUUGGAAGAUGUGACAUAGGAAAUGAAGGUGCACGUGAGCUGGCUGAGGCGUUGACACGUAAUACGAUGUUAACACAGUUGGAUAUAGGACGCAACGGGAUCGAUGCUCAGGGUGUCAAGUAUUUGGCUGACGCAUUAAGCCAAAACAAAACGCUGAAAACGACAGAUCUUGCACAGAAUACGAUUGGCGAUGAAGGUGCAAGAUAUUUAUCCAAUGCAUUGAAUAAUUCGGCACUGACAACAUUGAUCCUCUGGAAUUGUCAAAUUUCUGAUGAAGGAAUUCUAUACAUAGCCAGUGCACUACAAUACAAUUCGACACUAACGAUGUUACAUUUGAAUGAGAAUCGAAUAGGUAGUCGAGGUGCCCAUCACAUGGCUAGAGCUCUGCAGAAAAAUUCUACACUCACACUAUUAUAUCUCGGCGCGAACCAUAUCGGUGACGAAGGUGCAUUGUUUCUAGCAAAUGGAUUACAAAACAAUACAGCACUCUUAGAAUUGUAUGUUGAAAGAAAUAACAUUCAUAUGGAAGGCACACAAUAUUUCAUUAAUGCGCUAGAAACAAAUAUUACACCCAGAAAACUAGUUCUCUCCACCAAUUCAAUGAGUCGUACGUGGACAGAUGAUCUAUCGCACACACAAAAAACGAUAUCGUUACGAAUUGAGAUCUAA